UCGCCUGUCAUGGCGGCCUCCGCCACCACCGACGGUCCACCCUUCCCCAUCUACAUCUCAUCCGACGAGGACGAGGACGUAGCAGUCCUUGGUUCCUCCAGCAACCUCGAGGAGAUCCAGAUCCAGCAGGCCAUCCUCCUCUCCAUCGGCCUCUCGCGCGACACGACAGGCAUCCCCUCCUCCUCGGCCUCCCUCUCCGGAACCGACGUCGACAUAACAGACCGCAAAGGCAAGCGUAAACUACGAUCGGAGUCGCCACAUCAAGUCAUAGAUAUAGAUGAUAAUGAUAGGCAAGAAGUCAUCGAUGUAGACGACGAUGACAGCCUGAUCUUCAUCAAAGAGACGGGCAGCGGGAAGUGGAGAAAACCACGUAACGGUGGCCUGUUGGAGGUCGGCGAAGGUUCCCACAGCGCCACGAUCAUGAAAGAGUUCUACUGCACAAUCUGCAUGGAGACGCUCCCCGGCGUCGAGCGCUUCCCCGUCGCCGGGUGCGCGCACGCCUUCUGCGCGGGCUGCGUGAGGCAGUACAUCGCGGCGAGGGUCGAGGACAACCUGCUGUCCAUGGGCUGCCCCGACCCGGGCUGCAAGGACGGCGUGCUGCACCCGGAGGAAUGCCGCGACAUCGUCCCGCCUCAGCUGUUCCAGCGGUGGGGCGCCGCGCUCUGCGAAGUGGCGCUCGGGGACCUCAAGUUCUACUGCCCCUUCAAGGACUGCUCGGCGCUGCUGAUCGACGACGGCCCCGGCCCCGGCGACGGGGGCGCGGUGGCGCUCACGAACGUGGAGUGCCCACACUGUAACCGGAUGUUCUGCGCGCAGUGCAAGGUGCCGUGGCACGAAGGCGUGGGCUGCGCCGAGUUCCAGCGGCUCGGGGAGGACGAGCGCGGGCGGGAGGACCUGCUGCUGAGGAAGGUCGCGCAGGAGAGGAGGUGGCAGAGGUGCCCCCGGUGCAAGAUGUACGUCGAAAGGGUGACCGGCUGCCAGUUCAUGAGCUGCAGGUGCGGCCACUCCUUCUGCUACAUUUGCGGCGGCUCCACGAGGACUGGUGCACAUCGUUGCAACCGCAUGCGUACUACUUACUGACCUGCAUGGUGAAUGAUCCGAAGAUCGACGCUCAAGACCAACGGUACUUGAGGGGAAGGGUGUUACUCUCACAGAUGGGUUUCUCUCAAUUUAAUUUUGUGUGUGUGGAUCUAUGAGCUCUCAAUAUGCAGUAUAUUGUGUAGAGUUCAAAAUCAUGUGAUAAAUUUCUAAUUAAUUUAGCUAAUCCCCUGAUGCCACCCAACGGCUCAACUGCGUAGCAUAAACCCAAUGAACUAGGUGCAAAACGGGAAUAUCUUUCUUGAAUUCCAAAUUGCAAAACUAGUUUCCUUUUAAGCAAGUGUUCAGAUCGUAGUAGGUUUGAGUAGUUGUAUUCUUUGCAAGGAGAGCUUUUAGA